UGGGGAGCUUAGACCUUUGGCUGAGAAAUCGGACAGGGGCCCUUGAAGUCCUUGACUGGGACAAACGGCUCAACAUUGCAACUGGUGCUGCACGUGGGCUUGCUUUUCUUCACCAUGGAUUCGUCCCCCACAUAAUCCACAGAGACAAGAGCAAAGGAAAGAGAAUAUUUGACACUUACUUCGCUGGUGUUGCGUCUCUUGAGCGGGGCUUCGGCAGUCAGCAAUGGAGUUGCGUGGGCAUGUAUUUUUGUUCAACACAGUACCUGAAACGAUAUAUGGUCCCACGACAAACAGUAACUCAAGCCGAAAGAUCCCCUACACACUGCUCGAAUCAGGAAUAGGGACAUCCGGUCUUUGGUCGUUGUGUUCCCCUCAAAGUCUUGGAGGAUGGGCCCGAAGUCUUCCGCUGCCGCAGCCGCCGCCUCCAGUUCUCUCAGGAAACAAACUGCACACUGCAUUUUCCUAAGAAAAUAGAGAAAACCUCGCAAUAAACAGCACCACAAUCCACCCAUGGCUUCCUCUACCAUUGCUCCAACCGCCACAUCUUUCAUCCUCAACAAGAAAGAUUUGGGGUUCUCUGCUUUUUCGGCACCGUCACUGUUUUCCAUUCCGAAAUGCAGGAGAACGGUUUCCAAGAAAAUUUGUUCGGUAACGGCACCACAGCAAUCAGAACGCAAGCCUUCCACUACUGGCUCAGUCAAGACUGCGAUGACGUUGACCGAGAAGAUAUUGGCCAGGGCUUCCGAGAAAAGCCAGUUGAGCCCCGGUGAGAAUGUGUGGGUGAAUGUUGACAUUUUGAUGACCCAUGAUGUCUGUGGCCCAGGUUCGUUCGACAUCUUCAAGAAAGAAUUCGGAGAGAAUGCCAAGGCUAACCCAGAUUACAAAGGUGUAUGCCAUAUCGCUCUUGCACAAGAAGGUCAUUGCAGGCCUGGAGAGGUCUUACUGGGUACAGACUCUCACACUUGUACAGCUGGAGCGUUUGGCCAAUUCGCUACUGGAAUUGGCAUUACUGAUGCAGGUUUUGUGUUGGGCGCCGGGAAGCUGUUGCUCAAGGUGCCCCCAACUCUUAGAUUUGUGAUGGAUGGUGAAAUGCCAAGUUAUUUGCUUGCAAAAGAUUUGAUUUUACAAAUUAUUGGUGAAAUAUCUGUAUCUGGUGCGACAUACAAAUCUAUGGAGUUUGUUGGCACAACUGUUGAAAGUUUAACUAUGGAAGAAAGGAUGACGUUAUGCAGCAUGGCUAUUGAAGCUGGGGCAAAGAAUGGUGUUGUUCCUCCUGAUAACACUACAUACAAGUACCUUGAGGAUAAGACCUCUGUGGUCCAUGAACCAGUUUAUAGUGAUGAACAAGCAAGAUUUCUCUCUGAGUACAGAUUUGAUAUCUCAAAACUGGAACCACUGGUAGCAAAGCCUCAUUCUCCUGAUAAUCGGGCUUUAGCAAGAGAAUGCAAAGAUGUGAAAAUUGACAGAGUAUAUAUCGGAUCUUGUACUGGAGGAAAAACUGAGGACUUUAUAGCUGCAGCCAAAGUUUUCCUAGCUUCAGGCAAAAAGGUUAAAGUUCCCACAUUCCUAGUCCCUGCGACCCAAAAGGUUUGGAUGGACGUAUAUAGUCUUGAAGUACCAGGAUCUGGUGGCAAGACUUGCUCCCAGAUAUUUGAAGAAGCUGGUUGUGACACACCAGCAAGUCCUGGUUGUGCUGCUUGUUUGGGUGGCCCUAGAGACACUUAUGGACGCAUGAAUGAACCUAUGGUCUGCGUGUCAACAACAAACAGAAACUUCCCAGGCCGAAUGGGACACAAAGAAGGCCAGAUAUAUCUUGCUUCCCCAUAUACUGCAGCAGCAUCUGCUUUGACGGGUUAUGUUACCGAUCCAAGGGAGUUCUUGCUGUAGGCUUUUGAUAUCAUAAAAUCAACAGAGUUCAAAUGGCAGAGCUGAAAACCAUAAUGGAUCCUGCUGUUGGGAUGUUUGAAGCUGUAGUGUUUAAUUUAUCAUUAUCUUGGUGCUAAUAUUUAGCUUUUAAGCGAGUUGUAGCCUCGGCAAUAAACUUUGUUUUUUAGGGCAGUUCUAAGAAACAAAUUAUGUUGUAUAUGAUUUUUCUAUAUAUAGUAACUUAUUUGGUUUAUA